CUUGCACAAGCGCUCCCCUUUGCACACCCAUUUGCACAAGACCCCCCCCGGGGGAGCCCAGAGGGGGCGGAACCAACCCCUUUAUAACCAUCGGGUCCUAGCGCCCACCCCCUGUGCUCCCAUUGCCUCCCAUUGCCCCCCGAGUGUCCCCCACUGCCCCCAAUGCCGCUGCACUUCGCCCCGCUCCGGAUCCCGCUCCAGCGCCGGCUCCAAACGGCGGCCGUUCUGCAGUGGGUCUUCUCCUUCCUCGCCCUGGCCCAGCUGUGCACGCUGCUGUUCGCGCUGGCGCUGCGCGGGCCCCUCUGCCUGCCCGCGCUGCUCUACGGGCUCUGGCUGUGGGCGGACCGCGACACCCCCUGCCGCGGGGGGCGCCCUUCCCGCUGGGUCCGCUCCUGGACGCUCUGGGAGUACUUCCGGGACUACUUCCCCAUCUCGCUCCGGCGCACGGCGCCGCUGGAGCCGAACGGGAGCUACCUCCUGGGGCUGCACCCCCACGGCGUCCUGGCCGCCGGCGCCUUCGGCAACUUCUGCACCGAAGCCACGGGGUUCGGGCGCCUCUUCCCGGGGCUGCGCCCGCAGCUCCUGACCCUGCCCGCCUGGUUCCGGGUGCCCCUGCUCCGGGAAUACCUCAUGGCCGGAGGGUUGGUGUCCUCGGAGCGCCGCAGCCUCGAGUUCCUGCUGAGCCGCACCGGGGGGGGCCACGUGGCCGCGAUCGUGCUCGGGGGGGCCCCCGAGGCUUUGGACGCGCACCCGGGGGCGCUGCGCCUGCGCCUGCGGCACCGGACGGGCUUCGUGCGCUGCGC